AUGAACACCAGCGAGACUGCCGCAGCCAAUCCAGGCACAGCGACAGAGACGACAACCUACUUCAAAGUCCUCAGCCUCGUCAUUCUCCCCUUCAUCGUGACAUACGUCUUCACGUCCUUCGGCAAUAAUGGCUAUCAGCAUGGUCAAAGCGCACGAGAGCCCCCGAGGGUUCCGUACUGGAUCCCGUACGUAGGAAACACAAUUGGCUUCGCUUUCGACACUGAGCGCUUCUUAUCGUCUAUCCUAUCCAAAUUCGGCAAAGUCCCGCUUCGUAUCUUUGUCGGCGCUGAGCCUAUGUACUUUAUUCCUCACGGCCAGCCUAUCAUUGAGCUCUUCAAGGCGUCGCGACACUUGACUACCAAGUCCCUUGGUGUCAUGACGGUUCGAGAUGCUUUUGGCUUGCCAGAGUGUGAUAUGCCAAUCUAUGUCGAUGAUGAUUCUAAAUAUGGACAUGUUGAUCCAUUGAAGAGAUUUGACUUUGUUCACCAUCGUGAUUUGCAUGCUCUUUUGACAGGAGGGCCACUAAACUCCAUGACUGCAAAAUUUGUCGAGGUCUACUCUGACAUGAUCGAGAAAGAUACCAGUUUCAGUGAAGGCGAGUGGACUGAGGUCGAUGAUCUUUACGAGUGGCUUAAGAACAACCUUUUCCGCGCUGCAAUAACUGCACUAUGUGGUGAUAAGUUCCUCGAACUCUCGCCGACUUUCAUUGAGGACUUUUGGGUUUUUGACUAUCAGCUUCCCGAUCUUUUCAGGCGGAUGCCUCGAUGGCUUGUUCCGAAGAGUUAUGCAGCCAGAGACAAGUGCCUCGAGAGCAUGCUGCGGUACCAUGAGUAUGGAAACAAGCUAUUUGACUUUACUGAUGAAGACGGUGUCAUCAGGGAGGAAUGGACAUCGGAGUUUGGUACGAAGUUGAUGAGUGCUAGACAGAAGAUGUUUCAGAGCGUUGGGAUGACUCCGCGAGGUGGUGCUGCUCUUGACCUUGGGCUCAUGUGGGCGGUAAAUGCUAAUGCCAUUCCCGCUGGCAUGUGGAUCCUCCUCGAUAUCUUACUCGACAAGGACCUGAAGGACAGAGUAAUGGCUGAGAUGCAGCGUUCAUUCAUCGACAAGUCCCUCUCUUUCGAUAUCGAAAGGCUCUGCUCCGGCCCCCUGAUCAACUCCAUCUACCUCGAGACGCUGCGUCUUCGCGUCGCUUCACCCGUUGGACGAACACCCAUCAUCCCCAAUCUCAAAUUCGGAAAGUGGCAGUUCAAGCAGGGCGUUGGCAUGCUAUCCUCAUCCUGGGUUGGCGGCCAUGAUCCCGACUUUUGGAACACUGGACAUGUAAAGCCUGGAGGAACUGAAGAGCAUCCCGUUGAGUCGUUCUGGGCAGAGAGAUUUCUGGUCUACCAGAACGACCCGACUAGCGGUCCAGUUCGACCAACUGCUUCUGCCGACAAGCCUGCAAAGCGUUCCUCAGGGGACGAUCGUAAAGCACGGUCUACUCUUGAUGGAACGCUGGGAUAUUGGUAUCCUUACGGAGGCGGGACAAGAAUGUGCCCUGGUCGAUUCUUCGCCAAACAGGAACUCAUAGCUGCAGCGGCAGUUGCUCUGCGUGCGUUUGACAUUCAACUUCUUGACCCCGAAGCUGCGAGUAGGGUUAGGCCGAACAUGGAUUACUUUCCGUUUGGAACUAUUCCGCCCAAGGGCAAGGUCGCUGUUCGGAUGAGGAGGCGGAAGCUCUGA